UUUUUCUUCGUGGUCUUGGCUUUUUUUCGUCUCCUCCACCACUACCAUCCAUCAUCCUCGACAAACAAACGGGGCCCCUAAAAGGACCUCCUGAGCGAGCAUUUCAUUGAAGGAGCAGCCAUUCUUAUCAGGGCCAGCCACGUCAGAUCAAAAAAAAAAAAAACAGGGUGCGAAAAAAAGGUUUCGAAAGGGAGAAACCUUCGCAUCCACGUUGGCUAGCAUUGUAUCAAAUCUCCGUUGGUCACUCCACGAUUCCAUUUCUCGACGGACUCAUUCCCACUAGUAGAAAACAAACGGCUGUAUUUCUUGAGGCUUUUUUGUUUCCAUUUGAAGAGAUAUUUUCAGUUGAGGCUGAGUUAAGCCCAGUGUUACGGUUUACCGGCUACUACCAGUCUACCACUACUCAAGGAGUGAAUCAGUCCAACCAUGCAUAAGCUCAGGGCUACAGCUUCGUCAUCUCUGUCUCUUGCCGAGGAUAAUUAUAUCUACUCGAUUGUCCCGUCAUCGGCAACAGCCUUCGCAGCCAUCUCUUCCGAUGACUCGCUUCGCGUAUUCAAUGCGAACAAUCUUGAUUAUUUAUCGGUGAUUUCUAGAAGCGCUCAUGAAGGCGUCACGUCUCUACGGACCUAUGACGCGAAUAACCAGCUCCUCCUUACUGGCGGUAGGGACGGGAAGAUGAAGCUCUGGGAUCUCCGCAGUAACAAGAAUUCAGCGGUUGUCGCGGUGGAAAUGUCAAAUAGAGCCCCCGUAUUGUCUAUCGCCGGUUGUUCCGAAACGAACAAGAUUGUUGCUGGGGGUGAGCUCCUAUCUCACCAAGCGAUUGUUGCUUUCUGGGAUAUCAGAUCGCCAGACCAGCCACAUCUUCAAUAUGUCGAAAGUCACAACGACGACGUAACUGAGCUUCAAUAUCACCCGACCCGUCACAACAUCCUCCUAUCAGGAAGUACUGACGGUCUGGUCAAUAUCUACGAUACAACCAUCACUGAUGAGGACGAUGCCCUUGUCCAGGUUAUCAACCACGGCUCCGUACACCAUGCGGGAUUUCUCGACGAGAAAACCAUCUACGCCUUGAGCCAUGACGAGGUCUUCUCGAUCCACCCCGCCACAGACCCCGACGAUCAGACUCAGUCACCGGAUCCUAUACAGUUCGGCAACCUCCGAGAGCCUCUUGGGUGUGAAUACAUCGCACAGCUAUGCCUCGGGAGCCAGGGGCCCUACAUUGCAGCUGGAAAUAAGAUUGACAAACAACUGGACUUGAUCCCUCUUGUCCCAACGCCCUCAUGGCGAUUCGACGAGCAGAAUCUCUGGCGCCUCCCCGGUGGCCACGGCGAGGAGGUUGUGCGUUCUGUCUAUGUGGAUGAACAAAACCAAUCGGUAUUCACCUGCGGAGAGGACGGGUUUGUUCGUGUCUGGAGACCAGAUGAGGGAGAGGCGGGGCAGGCAGAGCAGGCAGAGCAGGAUGGGUCGAUACAGACACCACCACGGCCAAGGGAGAAGAAGGGUAAAGAUAAGGGUCGAUUCAGACCAUAUUAA